CUGGAAAACGAGUCUCUGCACCCGGUCUGUACACAUUGUUGACUGAGCCGAUGGAGGAAUAAGAAAGCCCUAAAUAACGCCACAAAAUGUCUAAUUUAGCCGUGCAGGAUCUCAAGACGCUGGACAUCAGCAAAUUGACAGCCCUCUCCCCUGAGGUGAUCAGUCGACAAGCAACGAUCAACAUCGGCACAAUUGGUCAUGUGGCCCACGGCAAAUCUACAGUUGUGAAGGCCAUCUCUGGUGUCCAGACUGUCAGAUUUAAGAAUGAAUUGGAGAGGAAUAUUACUAUCAAGUUAGGUUAUGCCAAUGCAAAAAUCUACAAAUGUGACAAUGCUAAGUGUCCCCGGCCUUCCUGCUUCACGUCAGCCAGUUCUCAUAAAGAGGAUGCAUUCCCCUGCCAUAGGGCUGCCUGCUCUGGAAAGUUUCGCUUAGUGCGUCAUGUCUCGUUCGUUGACUGCCCUGGUCACGACAUUUUGAUGGCAACCAUGUUGAACGGAGCAGCUGUUAUGGAUGCUGCACUUCUACUUAUCGCUGCCAACGAGACCUGUCCCCAGCCCCAGACUUCUGAACAUUUGGCUGCCAUUGAGAUCAUGAAACUCAAACACAUUCUUAUUCUUCAAAACAAGAUUGAUCUGUGUCGAGAGUCCCAACUGCGUGAACAGUAUGACCAGAUUCUUAGGUUCAUUCAAGGCACAGUAGCCGAGGGUGCCCCUGUCAUCCCCAUCUCGGCCCAGCUGAAGCUCAACAUUGAUGUGGUGUGUGAAUAUAUCAUGAAGAAGAUCCCUACCCCUAACCGUGACUUUAUGGCUGAGCCUCGGCUGAUUGUCAUUCGUUCCUUUGAUGUCAACAAGCCCGGCUGUGAGGUGGACGAUCUCAAGGGGGGAGUUGCUGGAGGAUCUAUUUUGAGAGGAGUGCUUAAGGUUGGCCAAGAAAUUGAAGUUCGUCCUGGUAUCAUUGAACGUGAGGCUGAAUCAGGACGCGUUGUUUGCAAACCCAUUCGAUCGAGAAUCAUCUCCCUUUUCACUGAAACCAAUGAACUCCAGUUUGCUGUACCUGGAGGACUGAUUGGUGUUGGAACAAAAAUUGACCCAACACUUUGUCGUGCUGAUCGUAUGGUGGGCCAAGUCUUGGGUGCCGUUGGUUCUCUCCCAGAGAUAUUCACCGAGCUUGAAAUUUCCUACUUCCUGCUUAGGAGAUUGCUUGGUGUCCGCACAGAAGGAGACAAGAAAGGAGCAAAGGUUCAAAAACUGUCAAAGAACGAGAUGCUCAUGGUGAACAUUGGAUCCUUAUCAACUGGUGGCAGAGUCUUGGCUGUAAGGGCUGAUUUGGCCAAGAUCACUCUCACACAACCUGUAUGCACGGAAGAGGGAGAAAAGAUUGCUCUCUCACGCAGAAUUGACAAGCAUUGGCGACUCAUUGGUUGGGGACAGAUUCGACGUGGUGUUACUAUCAAGCCAGAAUCUACAUAGAAAAAGAAGUUUUUGAGUUUAAUUCAAGGAUUAUGUAUGUCAACAUUGUCAGAUAUUCUGUAUUUGUUGGAUUUUAGAGGCUUUUCAGUUUGGAUCUUUAUAUAUAUACACACAACUUUUUUAUUUACAUUACAAGAAAAUUGGAAUUAUGGAAUGGUGAACCAAAAUUUUUGUAUUCUAAGCCUUGCUGUAAAACCUCUUUCUGAUAAAUGUUUUGCCAAUUGAAA